GUGACUUUUUCAGUUCACCCCGCUGGAGAUGGAGAUGGAGAUGGAUAUGUACGGACAACCCCCCAAUGAUUUCUUCCACAUCGACGACCUCCUCAACUUCUCCAACGAUGAAAUCUUUUACUCCUCCUCCUCCACUCCCAUCGCCGACUCCGACCUCCACCACCACAACCAUCACCUCCCUCCGCCUGAAAGUCUCGUCGGUAAUCGCCCAUCACCCAUUACCGUCAAACGCAACGACUCCAGCUCCAACUCCAACCGAUCCAAUAACUUCACUGACGAUUUUUGUGUUUCUAGCGAUGAUGUUGCGGAGCUAGAAUGGCUUUCGAAGUUCGUGGACGACUCCUUCACCGACUUUUCUCUGAACGAAAUCGUAGAAACUACGAAUUUUCGGCCGGAAGCAUCAGUUCCCGGCAAGACAAGGGGCAAGCGCUCCAGGGUGGCUUCGACGCACAAUAGCUGGACCUCCAUGCCUGAGUACGAAAAUCUAUUCACGGGCAAGUAUAAGCAUAUGAACAACAUUAGUAGCAGUAGAACGGCAAGGAAGAGAGAGGGCUCGUCGAGGAGUGCGUCAGUGAUGGUGGGAAAGCAAUCGUCUCCGUCAUCCCCAGGGGAACUGCGGAAGUGCAUGCACUGCGCAUCGGAGAAGACACCACAGUGGCGCACGGGACCACUGGGACCUAAGACGCUAUGCAACGCAUGCGGCGUACGUUACAAGUCGGGUCGGCUGGUCCCGGAGUACCGCCCAGCUGCAAGCCCAACAUUCGUGCUGACUCAACAUUCGAACUCACACCGGAAGGUGAUGGAGCUGCGGAGUCAGAAGGAGAUUCACUGGCAGCAAGAGAGUGGCAACCACCACCACCAAAACCACAACCAGCAGCAGUUACUCUACAAGGUUUGCUGACGUUGCUUGGGGGUCCCAGAUACUC